GACCCCGUACUAUGAACCCGAGUACAGAUGCCCUGAUAUCAUGGAUCGGCUGCGUCAGCGGUACUAAUGCCGCAAAGGUCAGCAGGCAAAAGAAAAAAGUUGGUGAAGGAAAGGGACGGGGGCGAUGAGCCCCGCUGUCGAUGCCGCCAAGGAAUAUGCGGCCGGCUUCGCCGCAGGUAUCGCUACCGUCAUCACCGGCCAUCCCUUCGACACUGUCAAGGUAAAGUUGCAGGCUCAUAACACACAGACACAAGUCAAAGAAUACAAGAAUGCUCUACACUGCAGUAGUCGGAUCUUGCUUACUGAAGGAGUGAGAGGCCUCUAUAAAGGUGCAUCAUCAUCUUUUGUUGGAAUGGCAUUUGAGAGUUCCCUUCUUUUUGGCAUGUAUUCUCAAGUGAAGCAAAAGUUGCAGGGAGAAAUUCCCAGCAAGAAGCCACAACUUCGAGUAAUUAUUCCUUCGGCUGCAUUUAGUGGAGCAAUAAUUAGCUUUAUACUAUGUCCAACAGAACUGCUAAAAUGUAGAAUGCAAGUUCAAGGGAAUGCUGCAUCGAUGUUUGUUAAAUACAAUGGUCCUUUAGAUUGUGCUAUCAAAACUAUUCAGAGUGAAGGGGUUAGAGGCUUAUUUCGUGGAGGAUUACCAACCUUUCUAAGAGAAUCAAUUGGCAAUGCAGUGUUCUUUAGCACUUACGAGCUAAGUCGUCACUACUUGCAUAGCCAAUUAAACUCUGCUCCAUCUGCCUUGAGCCACAACUCGAAACUUCUAAUAGAUACAGGGAUCGGCAUCGUUACUGGUGGACUUUCGGGAACUGCCUUCUGGUUGGCUGUUCUACCAUUGGAUGUUGCAAAAACUGUAAUUCAGACUUCACCAGAUCAAAAUGUUAAUCGAAACCCUUUUGGAACACUUAGAUUGAUUUACAGGAGAGUUGGCUUGAGUGGAUGCUAUGCUGGUCUUGGGCCCACCUUAGCGAGGUCGUUUCCGGCCAAUGCUGUUGCUAUAGUGACUUGGGAGCUUACGGCUAAGUUUUUAGGAAUUAGAAAAGGCUGACAACGUCAGCUUAGUGAAUGUUUUUCUUUGAACUGUAAACUAGCUAGUUACCCAUUGGUAGAUCAUUGCUUCAGUUCGUCAUUAUUUUUUGAGGGGCUUUAUGGUUUCUCACCGCGGAUCUUUCAGGACUGUUGCCAUCAAAGUCUGGAGCGGCGAGCAAGCCAUUGCAAUUCAGCUGCCUGAUGUUUACAGGUUCGAUCUGCUCCAUUACUGUUUAGUUAUUGAGAAGAUUUGUGCUCGUGUAAAACAAUUUUGACGACCAACAUUUGUUUGCUUUAUUUUAUUGGAACUUCUUGAGCUUUUCUGUCAA